AUGGAGGAGAUGGCCGGCGCUGGUGGGUGGGCAGGUGAAAAACAAGUAUUAGAACUCGCCAUAGAAACAGUUCCGAUCACCCAACAAUACAUCGAGGUGGUCCACCCUCCGCCAUCCCGUCUCGUCAGGACUGUCCAGUCGUAUUUAAGCGAAUACCUUUUGACUACUCUGAGGUGGCACUUGGGUAUAGGCCCAUCACACAAGCAAGCAUACCCCCCUCUCUCUCUCACACACACACAUACACACACACACACACAGAGGCAAGUACGUAAGUUCGUCGCCUCUCGCCGACUUUGUGAAACAAUGAAGGAGCACAAGUGUGCAACAGAAUGUGCUGGAGGGGCCCAACUAAGCAUUAUGUACCACUUCAGGCAGGACCAGAAGGAGAUUAUGGCUGUGUGGACUAUUGUGGACAAUCCAAGGGAUGUUCGUGGCCGAUUUGCCGCUCUUUAG